AUGGAUGUCUUCGUAACUGCUGCUACCUAUAUCAAUUAUCGGAAUAACAAUAAACAUGCUAUAAAUAGUGAUCGAUAUAGUUUUAUGUGUUAUCCAUUCAACUACGACGUUGUUUAUACAUGUACAACCAUUACUUAUAGUAAAGGUAGAAGUUCGGCCAUAGGCAGGCUGAGAUGGCCAUCAUUUGGAAUAAGAGAUUAUGUUCCCAUUGAUUUGGUUUUUGGUAGAAGGAAUGAAGAUACUAGAGUUGCUGAAUUAAUCUAUCAAUCUGAUAUAGAAAUCAUAAAGAAAUAUUCGAUUAUUGUUUCAUUAUAA